AUCUGUGCCUCAGGCCCUUGUCAGGGGACCAUGUCUUCGGCAGAGCCCCCAGAUUUUAGUGGAGGACGGGUUGUCCCAAGUGGCACAACUUCUUUGGGGGUAAGGCAAAGUCUAGGCAAAGAAAUAUAAGAGGAUCGUUGAGGGUACGUAAAGGGAGAAGCCUUGGAUUCUGCCUUGGAUUAUGCCCUAGUUCUUAGGUGAACUUAAGUGUAAUCGUGGACAGGUCGGUCUCCUCUCUGAGCCUCAGUGAGCCCAUCUGCAAACCACGGGAGGUGGUAGAGGCGUUCUCAGGGCCCUUCCAGCUCUGACAUCCUCUGGCUCCGCUCUUGGAGAACGCUGGCUGCGGGACUCUGCGUCAAGAGCGGACGCACAGCUGGGCCGUAACAAAGAGCCGCAGUCCCGAAAGCGUUCCCGCCCCCAGCAGGUUUUGGAACCUACUCGCGGCCGAGGGGCGGGGCUUGAGCGCGCCGCAGCCAAUCACGAGAGGUCCAGCGCCCCGAGGCGGAGCCUUUGCGAGUGCGGCGGCGGCCAGGCUGGGUCCGAGCAUCCCGUAGCUCCGGACCCCCCGGCCCGGACAUGGCGACCGUUCGGGCCUCCCCACGAGGCGCGCUGCUACUUCUCCUGGCCGUGGCGCGGGCCGUGGGGGUGACAGGGGGCCUGGCUCCGGGCAGUACGGGUGCAUUGUGUUGUAAUCAUUCAAAGGAUAACCAAAUGUGCCAUGAUGUAUGUGAACAGAUAUUCUCCUCAAAAAGUGAAUCCCGACUAAAACAUCUGUUGCAGCGAGCUCCAGAUUAUUGCCCUGAAACGAUGGUUGAAAUUUGGAGUUGUAUGAAUUCAUCUUUGCCAGGUGUGUUUAAGAAGUCUGAUGGCUGGGUUGGCUUAGGCUGCUGUGAACUGGCUAUUACCUUGGAGUGUCGACAGGCAUGCAAGCAGGCAUCUUCAAAAAAUGAUAUUUCCAAAGUUUGCAGAAAAGAGUAUGAGAAUGCUCUUUUCAAUUGCAUUAGCAGAAAUGAAAUGGGCUCAGUGUGCUGCAGUUACGCAGGCCAUCACACAAACUGCCGAGAAUACUGUCAAGCCAUUUUUCGAACAGACUCUUCUCCUGGUCCAUCUCAGAUUAAAGCAGUGGAAAAUUACUGUGCCUCUAUUAGUCCACAAUUAAUACAUUGUGUGAACAACUACACCCAGUCUUAUCCAAUGAGGAACCCAACAGAUAGUUUAUAUUGCUGUGACAGAGCUGAAGACCAUGCUUGCCAAAAUGCCUGCAAGAGAAUUCUGAUGUCUAAGAAAACAGAAAUGGAGAUUGUUGAUGGCCUCAUCGAGGGUUGUAAGACUCAGCCUUUGCCUCAGGAUCCUCUUUGGCAGUGUUUUCUUGAAAGCUCACAAUCUGUUCACCCUGGAGUCACUCUACACCCUCCUCCCUCUACGGGCCUUGAUGGGGCUAAAUUGCAUUGUUGUUCUAAAGCGAACACUUCAACAUGUAGGGAACUGUGCACUAAACUUUAUAGCAUGAGCUGGGGCAAUACACAGAGCUGGCAAGAGUUUGAUCGCUUUUGUGAGUUUAAUCCAGUGGAAGUGUCCAUGUUGACUUGUUUAGCAGAUGUUCGGGAACCUUGCCAGCUGGGCUGUAGAAACCUUACUUAUUGUACUAAUUUUAACAACAGGCCAACAGAACUUUUCAGGAGUUGUAAUGCUCAGUCAGAUCAAGGAGCCAUGAAUGAUAUGAAGCUGUGGGAGAAAGGAAGCAUAAAGAUGCCAUUUAUCAACAUACCUGUUCUUGACAUUAAAAAGUGCCAGCCGGAAAUGUGGAAAGCAAUAGCUUGUUCACUGCAGAUUAAACCUUGUCACAGUAAAUCCCGAGGAAGUAUUAUUUGCAAGUCAGAUUGUGUGGAGAUUCUCAAGAAGUGUGGGGACCAGAACAAAUUCCCUGAAGACCAUACUGCUGAAAGUAUUUGUGAACUUCUGUCACCUACAGAUGACCUGGAGAAUUGUAUACCUUUAGAUACAUACCUUAGACCAAGUACUUUAGGUAACAUUGUAGAAGAGGUCACUCAUCCCUGUAACCCAAAUCCUUGCCCUGCUAAUGAGCUCUGUGAGGUCAACCGCAAAGGAUGUCCAUCUGGAGAUCCCUGCCUUCCACACUCUUGUGUUGAAGGUUGCAAAUUGGGAGAAGCCUCUGAUUUCAUCGUGCGGCAGGGGACACUGAUCCAGGUGCCAUCAUCCGCAGGGGAGGUUGGUUGCUACAAAAUUUGCUCAUGUGGACAAAGUGGACUUUUAGAAAACUGUAUGGAGAUGCACUGUAUAGAUCUUCAGAAGUCUUGUAUUGUUGGAGGAAAAAGAAAAAGUCAUGGAACAUCCUUUAAUAUCGACUGCAAUAUCUGUUCUUGUUUUGCUGGCAAUUUGGUGUGUUCUACCCGCCUGUGCCUCAGUGAGCACAGUUCCGAAGAUGACCGUCGCACCUUCACAGGUCUGCCCUGCAACUGUGCUGAUCAGUUCGUCCCUGUGUGUGGGCAGAAUGGGCGCACGUACCCCAGUGCCUGCAUUGCUCGCUGUGUGGGCCUCCAAGACCAUCAGUUUGAGUUUGGAUCGUGCAUCUCAAAGGAUCCAUGUAAUCCCAACCCCUGCCCAAAAAAUCAAAGAUGCAUACCCAAACCACAAGUCUGCCUGACCACUUUUGAUAAAUUUGGAUGUAGCCAGUAUGAAUGUUUGCCACGACAGCUCACCUGUGACCAGGUCCGUGAUCCUGUUUGUGACACAAACCACAUGGAGCACAGCAAUCUCUGUACUUUGUACCAGAGAGGGAAAAGCCUCUUAUACAAAGGCCCUUGCCAGCCCUUCUGCAGAGCCACAGAGCCCAUCUGUGGGCACAAUGGAGAGACAUAUAGUAGCGUGUGUGCUGCCUACUCGGAUCGUGUAGCAGUCGAUUACCAUGGGCCCUGCCAGGCUGUCGGGGUCCUCUCAGAGUACAGUUCCAUCGCCGAGUGUGCUGCCGUGAAGUGUCUUUCGCUCUCAGUGACUGAGUGCAAACCCAUCAUCCCACCCGGUGCUUGUUGUCCAUUAUGUGCUGGGAUGUUAAGAGUUUUAUUUGACAAAGAAAAACUGGAUACUAUUGCUCAGGUAACAAACAAAAAGCCAAUAACAGUUCUGGAAAUACUUCAGAAAAUCCGCAUGCAUGUGUCUGUUCCACAGUGUGAUGUAUUUGGGUACUUCAGCAUUGAAUCAGAAAUUGUGAUCCUGAUUAUUCCUGUUGAUCAUUAUCCAAAAGCUUUGCAGAUUGAGGCCUGCAAUAAAGAAGCAGAGAAGAUCGAAUCCCUUAUCAACUCCGAUAGCCCUACGCUGGCAUCCCACGUCCCUCUCUCUGCCCUCAUCAUUUCCCAGGUACAAGUCUCCAGCAGUAUACCAUCAGCUGGCAUCGGAGCCAGUCCCCCCUGCCACUCCUGCUUUUUCCUCCCCAGCCUGGGCCUCACUUUGCACAUGGUCUGGACACAUAAGUGACUGCCCAUAAAAAGGGCAAAAUGUUCCUCCACCUGAGUUUUCUACCUUGUGAAAGACAAAUACAGAACUGCUGGUUUGAAGUUUAAUAGCGGUCAAGUAAAAGCACUUGUCACCUCUAUUCACCACACAGUAUUUUUUUUUUAAUUUGCCAAUAUUAGUAGGGUUUUUGUUUGGUUUUUACAAAUGUUAAAAUAAGUUCUUCCAAAUAGUAAUGAAAAGAGGAUAUCUCUGGUGGAUCACUGCCUUACUAUUCACGUUUUGUUCUUUAAAUGGGUCCCCCACUCUAAAACAAAUUCAAGAUCAUCGAUAAGUGAAAUGAUCACUUUUUAGAAAAAAACUCAUUUUACUAUGGGCUUCAUAUCCAGAAACCUCAUUUCAGAGUCCCUUUAGGUAUUAAAGUGCCCCCGUGUCUGUGAGUGUGUGUGUGUGUGUUUACAGGUUUUACCUACUCUGUCUAGAGGCUCUAGGGGUCACAGUGAAGAGCCACUGUUGUUAGAGUAUGAAGUAAAGAUAAAACAUCUUUGAAAUUAUCAUGUAAAUCAUCACACUUAAUUUAUAGAAAUUUAAUUCAGGAACCCAUCUGUUGUGUUAAGCAAAGAAAGCUAACCAAGUGGCACUCACAUAGUAUAUGGUGAUAGGCUCAGUGGUUACUAGUGUGUGUCUUUGACUUUUGUGAAAGGGAAAAGUUAUAUGGCAUCAAGGCAUCUUGUGGUGUGCAUUUUUAUAGUGACCAAAUAUAUAUUCUCCAGUAUUCAUCAGAGUUAAAUUUAGAGUUUUUAAACAUCACUCUUUAAACCAAUUGCUGCUACUUAUAUAAUGCCAAAAAGUGAAAUAAUUAGUAGUGCAUGUAAAUAAUACAUGAUUUUUCUAUUUUAUUAUGAAGAAGGUGAAUAGCCAUAUUUGUAAAAUGACAAUCAUGUGUGUUAACCCAAUAUUUUCUGUUCAUGAAGACACAUUUGCUUUUUGUGAUAUGCACAGUAUAAUAAAUGUUGUCUUUUUUGAUAUAGAAUUAUAAAGAACAGUGGUUUAUAUAUUUAAAAAUGUCAAUCUAAGUAUUAAAAUGUUUGCAUAUGGCCUAAGAAACUGAAUACUUUGAAUGUGUUUCACAGUUUGAAAUAAGCUAUUCGAUGUAAUACUUCUUUAUAUGCACCUAAAUUUAGAUUUUACAUGAAGUCUUUUUUUUUCAGUAUUAUGUAUACCCUCUGAAAUAUGGGGAUAUGCUCAUUAUACCAAAAUGUUGUUUAAAGUGGGCACUUAAGGCUUUCAGAAUAUCUCAGAGCUGAUGUAGCAUGUUUGUUGCAAUUGCUUUUUUUCUAUAUAAAUGUGUUCAAUGCAAUAUACUGGAAAGCUUUUCUAUUUUAAUAAAAAUAAUUUUUAUAUGA